UCCAACAGAAGAUGGCUACAUUGUCAGUGUGCCAACCUCUGAACGGAGGUUUCAGUUUCGAAAAUUGUAAGAGAAAUGCUCUCCUUGAAGCUGAGAUCACUAAAUUAGGAUGCAGUGUUCCCGCGGCUCGGAAAACCGGCACCACCAUCUGCGGCGUUGUGUUUAGGGAUGGCGUUGUUCUGGGCGCAGACACACGUGCCACAGAAGGAAUGGUGGUGGCAGAUAAAAACUGCUCAAAGAUUCACUACAUUUCCUCCAACAUUUAUUGUUGUGGGGCUGGUACAGCUGCAGAUACAGAGAUGACCACUCAGCUAAUUUCCUCUAAUCUGGAGCUCCAUUUUCUGUCUACGGGCCGCCUGCCCCGUGUAGCCACUGCUAAUCGCAUGCUUAAGCAGAUGCUUUUCAGGUAUCAAGGCUAUAUCGGAGCAGCAUUGGUUCUGGGUGGAGUGGAUUGCAUGGGCCCUCAUCUAUACAGCAUCUACCCUCACGGCUCCACUGACAAACUGCCCUAUGUCACCAUGGGAUCAGGUUCCCUGGCUGCUAUGGCUGUGUUUGAGGAUCGCUAUAAACCCGACAUGGAAGAGGAAGAGGCCAAGCAGCUGGUGCGUGACGCCAUAGCCGCAGGAAUCUUCAGCGACCUGGGCUCUGGCAGCAACAUUGACCUGUGUGUCAUCACCAAGGGCAAAGUGGACUACAUGAGACCAUAUGACCAGGCCAACAAGAAGGGCAUCAGAACCGGAGAUUACAAAUACAAGCGUGGAACCACGGGUGUUCUCACAAAGACCGUAGUCCCAUUUGACCUGGACGUGGUGGAGGAGACAGUCCAGACAAUGGACACUUCCUGAAGUUCCCAUAACCUUUUCCACAUUCUGGCUCCUUAAAUCUCCUCUAUGGAGUUCCAUAUAUGUUUGUCAAUUUGUUGGGGUUUUUUUUUUUUUUCCAGUGUUU